UACAGGGGUAAAGUCGUCAUACCACCUACCAGAUUCCAAAUUCGAGUUCCUUCUCUUGCUUUGUUUUGUUCUCCUUCCGACCUUCCCUCGCCGCAUCUGCUUCUGCUCCUCCAGCCACAGCGCAGCCGCCUUCCUCAUCCUGAUUCCGUGGCCGGCGGCCGCCUAGCCUCACCACACCUCCCCACCGCCGCCGCCGCCGCCGGAACCUCUUGAAGUAGCGGAUCCGGGCUCUCGCGCCCAUCCGCGUCCGGAGUUCGAUGUCCGUUUGCGCCUGAUGGAUCCGCACCGGCUGACCGGCCCCGCCGCAUCCGACGCCGACGACGCCGAUGACUGGGAUAAUGAUGACUUUGUGAUCCCAAGUUUUAGUGUUGAAGAAUCUGAUCUCGGUGACUGGGAAUCCUCACGGGCUACUGAUCCUCAACCACCUCCAAAGGCCACCAAAGAUACAGAGAACAUCUAUCUCGGACCACACGGUGCGCCACCAUCUCGAGCGAAGAAGGCAGAGGAUACUUUGGCUACAGCUGGGUACCGUGACAAGAACAGCAAAGCGAGGGAAGCUGAUCAGAAGGCUUUUGGAACUGGGCGGAACACCAAAGGAGGCAACAACGCGGGAGACUUCCACCGCCACAAUGGUGCCAACCAUGGCAAGGACCCCUACAAGCGAUCUGUCUGACCUUGUGCCUGUCGAGGUUCGUCCACAGUGAUACUCUGAUACCUGUAUCCUCUCUACACACCUUAACUAAGCGAAACUCUGGUGAUUUUAUCAGUGUACUGGAAAAUAUAUAUUUUUUUACCUGUGAUCAGCCCUAUUAUCUUGAGCUGCAGGUAUUCCUGGUCAGCUGGUAUGUACUACUAUCAGUAUAUUGCUGCAGAACAUUGUAUUUGCUUUGAAUGGAAAAUCUGUGUUUGUAUUUGCUUUGAAUGGAAAAUCUGUGUUUGUAUUUGGGUUGAAAGGAAAA